AAGUCAUCUGUUGUGUUGGGUGACACAACAAUAACCUCAUGGGACAACUAAAAACAAUGCUAGUCUACCUGCAGUGUUGGAUGACAGUAUGUUUCUCUGACAUGCAUUUAGAAAUUGGUAGUUCAUAAACAUUCAGGUCCAAAUGGAACCUGCUGUACAGACAGAUAGAAAAUCUACCAAGUUCGCCAUAAACCAUGUAAUUUUAAAAUUUGGUGCAAUAGGCCCAAGUGAAUUAAACAGUUUAAGAACAUCAGAGCAACGUGAGCGAGCAAUUGGGAUGGUCAAGAGGGGGACCAUGCACGCCCACGUUGCAAGAACCUUUGUCUGUUCCCGUGUUGCCGUUGGAAACUUGUUUCAGGGUUUCAGACAGACUGGAAGGACAUCGGACAUGGUCAGCAAAGGGAGACCACGGGUCACUACGCCAAAGGAAGACCGGUAUCUGCGAACGUUGCACCUCCGCAACCGCUUCCUCACAGUGACGCCAUGGGCAGUGAAUGCUUUGGAUCGGUGGGUGAGCACACACACAGUGACAAAAAGAUUUCGGGCAGCAGGUAUGGGACCUAUCGACCGUUCAGAGGACAGAUGUUGACGAAUUCGAUUGGCUAAUACAGUGCGACGGUGGCAGCGUCGGGAUUUACACCGCGUGGUCUUUACGGACGUAAGCAGGUUCUUUUUGUUUAGAGUUCAUGGCAGACAUCGUUGUUACCUACGCAGAGGUGAACGGACAGCUGCUUGCUGCGUUCAAGAAGUCGUUCCUUACGGUGGAGAUGGCAUUAUGGUGUGGGGAGAAUAUUUUUAGACCGAUCAACGCCACUCGUUAUCAAUGGAAACCUCAAUGCGCAACGCAAAAUAAAUAACAUGCUCCGUCCAGUAGUGCUGCCCUACCUCCAGCAACAGCCCCGAAGUGUUCUGUACCAUCCCGACAACGCCAGGUCCCACACUUCUCGUUUCGUAGUGGACUUACUUGCUAACAACAACGUCAACGUCUUACCGUGGCCGGCAUGCUCUCCUGACUUAUCACUAAUACAACACAUCUAUGACGUCUUGGACAGUCGAGUUACACCCUCCACGUACAGACAAGAGUUGAUACAAGCUCUACAAGGUGGACCCGCUUGCCACGUCACCUCAGACACAGAAUCUUUGCAUGUAUGGAGCCACGGGGUGGCCAGUCUUUGCAUGUAUGGAGGCACGGGGUGGCCAGUCUUUGCAUGUAUGGAGGCACGGGGUGGCCAGUCUUUGCAUGUAUGGAGGCACGGGGUGGCCAGUCUUUGCAUGUAUGGAGGCGCGGGGUGGCCAGUCUUUGCAUGUAUGGAGGCACGGGGUGGCCAGUCUUUGCAUGUAUGGAGGCACGGGGUGGCCAGUCUUUGCAUGUAUGGAGGCACGGGGCGGCCAGUCUUUGCAUGUAUGGAGGCACGGAGUGGCCAGUCUUUGCAUGUAUGGAGGCACAGGGUGGCCAGUCUUUGCAUGUAUGGAGGCACGGGGUGGCCAGUCUUUGCAUGUAUGGAGGCACGGGGGGGCCAGUCUUUGCAUGUAUGGAGGCACGGGGUGGCCAGUCUUUGCAUGUAUGGAGGCACGGGGUGGCCAGUCUUUGCAUGUAUGGAGGCACGGGGUGGCCAGUCUUUGCAUGUAUUGAGGCACGGGGUGGCCAGUCUUUGCAUGUAUGGAGGCACGGGCCGGGGUGGCCAGUCUUUGCAUGUAUGGAGGCACGGGGUGGCCAGUCUUUGCAUGUAUGGAGGCACGGGGUGGCCAGUCUUUGCAUGUAUGGAGGCACGGGGUGGCCAGUCUUUGCAUGUAUGGAGGCACGGGGGGGCAAGUCUUUGCAUGUAUGGAGGCACGGGGUGGCCAGUCUUUGCAUGUAUGGAGGCACGGGGUGGCCAGUCUUUGCAUGUAUUGAGGCACGGGGUGGCCAGUCUUUGCAUGUAUGGAGGCACGGGCCGGGGUGGCCAGUCUUUGCAUGUAUGGAGGCACGGGGUGGCCAGUCUUUGCAUGUAUGGAGGCACGGGGUGGCCAGUCUUUGCAUGUAUGGAGGCACGGGGUGGCCAGUCUUUGCAUGUAUGGAGGCACGGGGGGGCAAGUCUUUGCAUGUAUGGAGGCACGGAGUGGCCAGUCUUUGCAUGUAUGGAGGCGCGGAGUGACCAGUCUUUGCAUGUAUGGAGGCACGGGGUGGCCAGUCUUUGCAUGUAUGGAGGCGCGGAGUGGCCAGUCUUUGCAUGUAUGGAGGCACGGGAGUGGCCAGUCUUUGCAUGUAUGGAGGCGCGGGGUGGCCAGUCUUUGCAUGUAUGGAGGCACGGGGUGGCCAGUCUUUGCGUGUAUGGAGGCACGGAGUGGCCAGUCUUUGCAUGUAUGGAGGCACGGGGUGGCCAGUCUUUGCAUGUAUUGAGGCACGGGGUGGCCAGUCUUUGCAUGUAUGGAGGCACGGGGCGGCCAGUCUUUGCAUGUAUGGAGGCACGGGGUGGCCAGUCUUUGCAUGUAUGGAGGCACGGGGUGGCCAGUCUUUGCAUGUAUGGAGGCGCGGAGUGGCCAGUCUGUGCAUGUAUGGAGGCACGGGGUGGCCAGUCUUUGCAUGUAUGGAGGCACGGGGUGGCCAGUCUUUGCAUGUAUGGAGGCACGGGGUGGCCAGUCUUUGCAUGUAUGGAGGCACGGGCCGGGGUGGCCAGUCUUUGCAUGUAUGGAGGCGCGGAGUGGCCAGUCUUUGCAUGUAUGGAGGCACGGGGUGGCCAGUCUUUACAUGUAUGGAGGCACGGGGUGGCCAGUCUUUACAUGUAUGGAGGCACGGGGUGGCCAGUCUUUGCAUGUAUGGAGGCGCGGGGUGGCCAGUCUUUGCAUGUAUGGAGGCACGGGCCGGGGUGGCCAGUCUUUGCAUGUAUGGAGGCACGGGGUGGCCAGUCUUUGCAUGUAUGGAGGCACGGGGUGGCCAGUCUUUGCAUGUAUGGAGACGCGGAGUGGCCAGUCUUUGCAUGUAUGGAGGCACGGGGUGGCCAGUCUUUGCAUGUAUGGAGGCACGGAGUGACCAGUCUUUGCAUGUAUGGAGACGCGGAGUGGCCAGUCUUUGCAUGUAUGGAGGCACGGGGUGGCCAGUCUUUGCAUGUAUGGAGGCACGGGGUGGCCAGUCUUUGCAUGUAUGGAGGCACGGGGUGGCCAGUCUUUGCAUGUAUGGAGGCGCGGAGUGGCCAGUCUUUGCAUGUAUGGAGGCACGGGAGUGGCCAGUCUUUGCAUGUAUGGAGGCGCGGGGUGGCCAGUCUUUGCAUGUAUGGAGGCACGGGGUGGCCAGUCUUUGCGUGUAUGGAGGCACGGAGUGGCCAGUCUUUGCAUGUAUGGAGGCACGGGGUGGCCAGUCUUUGCAUGUAUUGAGGCACGGGGUGGCCAGUCUUUGCAUGUAUGGAGGCACGGGGCGGCCAGUCUUUGCAUGUAUGGAGGCACGGGGUGGCCAGUCUUUGCAUGUAUGGAGGCACGGGGUGGCCAGUCUUUGCAUGUAUGGAGGCGCGGAGUGGCCAGUCUGUGCAUGUAUGGAGGCACGGGGUGGCCAGUCUUUGCAUGUAUGGAGGCACGGGGUGGCCAGUCUUUGCAUGUAUGGAGGCACGGGGUGGCCAGUCUUUGCAUGUAUGGAGGCACGGGGUGGCCAGUCUUUGCAUGUAUGGAGGCGCGGAGUGGCCAGUCUUUGCAUGUAUGGAGGCACGGGCCGGGGUGGCCAGUCUUUGCAUGUAUGGAGGCACGGGGUGGCCAGUCUUUGCAUGUAUGGAGGCACGGGAUGGCCAGUCUUUGCAUGUAUGGAGGCGCGGAGUGGCCAGUCUUUGCAUGUAUGGAGGCACGGGGCGGCCAGUCUUUGCAUGUAUGGAGGCACGGAGUGGCCAGUCUUUGCAUGUAUGGAGGCACGGGGUGGCCAAAUUCGGUAUUAAAAUGACAGGUUUUGUGUCUUUGACCACUUUCCCUGUUUGAAUGAAUUGCAGUUAAAAUCUGAACAACUGAAUUUUCAACUUCCACUGAUUUUGUUUGCCUGGUGUACAAUAUGUAAACACAAAUUGUCAAGUUUGAGUUAUUCAAUACUUUGUGGAAUUGUUGGUUUAUUAAAUAUACUUUACCUCAAACUAUUGUUAUUUUCAGUUUAUUAAUUACAGUCUCUUCAAUCUGGUGCAAAGUUUCUUUUGCCGUUCAGUUAACAAUGAUUUGGUUGUUUGCUCUAUCAGAUUUUAUUUUGUAAAAGUGAAUUUAGAAUUCUUCUAAUUUUCCUAAAUAUCUUGACCAAUAUUAAAUGUUUUCGAAAAAUUAACCUUAAGACUCCGUUUAUCAUAAUUCUUAUUAAUAGAAUCUAACAAUUGUUUGCAAGUGUAUAUUUGUAGUCGUAAGAACUGCAUCAAGGGAGUUAUUUAUGUGUAGCUGGCGUCUAUCUGGGCUACUCUGUGUCAUGUGAACAACUUGACGAUGUGGCAGAUUAGUGACUUUUCCUGACUCCUGAGGACACUGAGUGACAAUGUGCAAUCAAGGAAACAGAAUGUUACGGAUUAUUCAUUUAAUCAGGUGGAGGUGAAUAAAAGAAAUAUGCCUCCUUA